AUGGUAGAAUGGGACACUUUCAGGCAGAUACAACACGAAGACGAUGACAUUGACACAGAGUCCACCAUCAUCGACAUCGAUGAGUGGACCUCAAAAUUACAUAGAGCCAUCAAGGAAGCCACUAAGGAGAUCCCCGAGGAAGCGGGUCUAGGGGCAGCUGACAGCAAACUCCUCCAUCUGGACAAGCUGCUUGCCCUGUACUUCCAUGCGAGCUGGUCGCCUCAGUGUAAGCAGGUGGAUGACUUAUUGCCCGACCUUGUCAAAGACGAAGAUCUAGAGCGGACAAACUUCUGUAAGGUCGAUGCUGAACAAGUCGAAGACGUGAGCCUGAAGUAUAAGGUCACCUCAGUGCCAACGUUCGUCAUCCUUCUGGUAGGUUUAAAUGAGAAAUGCUGCCUAACCUGA